AAGUUUUGAGCCUGUUUUGGUAGUAACACUCUGUAAUUCUGAACGCCAUGGAGGACUGUGAAAUAAUUGGAAUGAUAUUUGACUUCAUUGGGGAUGUUUUGUUCGGCUCUGACUCAUCGACUGAUGAUGACGAUGACUACUCUUCGAGAUAAAGAAACACAUCCUACCAACCAUGGAACUCUCAAAAAGGUGUGGUAAUAUUCGUUUCAUAACUUGCCUUUAAUUGGCUCUAAGUCUUGUUUGUAAAGCUGAUUACUGUGACAACUAAAAUUGAAAUUCAAAAA